UAUACAAAUAAAAUGGAUCACUAACACUCAUUUCAUUCAACUUGCGUUGGCCGAAGCAGCUGAGAGAAAACAAACAAACAAAAAAAAAAAGAUGUGCUUGCAUGUCAUCACUCUCAUUCUACUCAUUCAAGCAUGUGGGCCGCUUUGGGCUCAGACACCAGUCCCAGGCCAACCCGACUCUCCAGGAAUCCUGCAAAGCCUGAAGGAAACAGCUCGUGCAGCCAGAGCUAAAGUCCAGAGUGUGAUGGGGGUGAUGACGGACUAUGUGGGCGCCUACUAUGAAGACCACGUCCAGCCGGUGACUGACAGCUACAGGGAAUGGGCCUCAGGGAUCCAGCAUUCUUUGAGCGAGAAGAUGCAACGCACCUUUAUGUCCUUCAUGGCUACGAACACGACUGCCGCAUGACUUAUUGCACAAUAAAUGUAACAUCUACAAGUCGGUUGUCUUUUUUCCAUUUGUGCA